AUGUUCCCCGAAAGCGGCUCUAUUGUCACGGACCCCAACUGCUCCUGCUCUGCCAGUGGCUUCUGCACCUGCACUGGAUCCUGCAAAUGUCAAGAGUGCGAAUGUACCUCCUGCAAGAGCUGCUGCCCCCUGGGCUGUGCCGAGGGUGCCCAGGGCUACGUCUGCAAAGGGGCAUCGGAGAAGUGCAACUGCUGCAGCUAA